UAUCAAAGUUGCAGGUGCAUCAUACGAUUAAAGGGAAGCUAUGGCUGGUCCACUUCCUAAUGAACAAUUACAAACAUUUAAAGAAGUUCUGCAAAAUCAAGGGCCUGCGGCAGCCGCUGCGACGAUCAAUGCUUAUUUGGAAGAGCAGGAUAAUAUUCCACUUCACAUCGCCGUCACAGGAGAGACUGGCUCUGGUAAAUCCACCUUCGUUAACGCCUUUAGAGGCAUAGACAACAUGGAUGAGAAUGCCGCCCCUACUGGUUGUGUAGAAACCACCAUGAAGGUCGAAUCAUACCCCCAUCCACAAUUUCCCAAUGUUACACUGUGGGAUCUUCCUGGAAUUGGCACCCCCAAUUUUCCAGCUGACAAGUACCUGCAGCUUGUUGGCUUUGAAAGAUUUGACUUCUUCAUCAUCAUGUCAGCUGAUCGCUUCAGAGGAAAUGAUGUGAAACUCGCUCUGGAGAUUCAGAAGAUGGGGAAGAAGUUCUACUUUGUUCGCUCAAAGAUUGACAAUAACAUGCGUGAGGCAAAAAGAAGUCAAAGAGCUUUCAACACUGAAGAUACCCUUAAAAAAAUCAGAGACGACUGCAUUAAAGGUCUUGAAAAUCAAGGUAUACAGUCUCCACAAGUCUUCCUGGUCUCCAGUUUUGAUCUCCACCUGUAUGACUUCCAUCUGUUAAUGGAGACCCUGGAGAGAGAGCUUCCUGCACACAAGAGAGAUGUUCUGCUGUUAGCCAUGCCCAUUAUCAAUCUUGAGAUCAUCAACAAAAAGAAAGAGGCUCUCCAGUCAAAAAUAAAGUACCUUGCUGCUGCAUCUGCACUCGGAGCUACUGUACCGAUUCCUGGGCUCUCUUUAGGUGCUGAUCUAACCAUGCUGGUUGAUAAUGCCAUAGUGUACAAAAAUACUUUUGGUCUUGAUCCCAAAUCACUGCAGAGUCUUGCUGAUAGUGGAGGUGUGCCUUUGCAUGAUCUCAGAGCAGAGAUUAAAUCACCUCUGGCUUUAAAAGAAAUAAGCAGUGAGGUUAUCUUUAACAUGCUGAAGGUGUCUGAGUUUCACGUUGCUUCAUUAGCAGCAGAGGAAGUGUCCAGAUUUAUUCCAUUUUUUGGAUUUGUAGCAGCAGCGGCCAUCUCUUAUGCCUCCACCUACAGAGCUCUCACUACUAUCCUCAACAUGCUCGCUGAGGAUGCUCAGAGGGUAUUCAAAAAGGCCCUGGACUUGGACACCCCAGUGUGAUAUUGGAAAGGGAUUGGCAAUGCCUCC